AUGAAAGAUCAACCACUUAACGUGAAACCCCCAAAACGGGCCAAAUACAAUAAUGAAGGUGAUGCAUCUACAAACAACAAUUUGGAAGUUCAACUGAAAACACACGAAGUCUUUUAUCGUGGCGAUGAACCCAAAGUAUUACUGGAAGACAUGUAUGAAAUCCAAGGCGCCUACCCUCGUGGCUUCUUUGUCAUUAUGGCCAAAAAAAACAUCCAACACAACUUUGUAUUUACUUACCCUGAUAACUACUGGUUUGAAGACCUGUAUGGAUUAAGAAAGAGUGCCUAUGUCGGUAUGCGCACCGCCGACGGAGAACUCUACGAAUUGCAUUUGAAACCUUCUAGAGAUAAAAUGUGGUUAUUCGGCUAUCUCAUUAAACACGUAGACAUGAUACGCAUCGUGAAGGACUCCAUGAACGAAAUCAUCUAUCAACGCAAGUUACCCCUCGUCCUGGAUUUAGAUGAUACCCUCGUCAGGUUGGUCGGCGAAGGAAAUGAGAGAUACGUACCUGAAAUUGAUAUACCCAAAUGUAAAGAUCGUGUCGCUGUCCUUAAAGAUGGUAGAAGAGUCGUAUUAACCGAAAGAGUACAUGAGUUUCUCGAAUGGGCUCAAAAUCUCUAUGAUAUAUCCGUUUGCUCCCUUGGCGACCAGAAUUAUGUGGAAAACGUUGUGAACGUACUCGAUCCUCAAAGAACCAGAAUUAGAGGUAUUCUUUACUCUGCUCGAAGUGAACAUGACUACAUCAAGAAAUCACCCGACCCAGGACGUCCCCCCAAAGAUUUAUUGGCUCUGUAUUCUUUCUGCGCACUCAAGGAUAAAUCCAUCGGAUCGUCCUUUUCAUUACCGCUUAUCCUUGACGACGAGACAAGAAUGUGGCCUCUGGAGCAACAUGAUAAUAUCAUUGAAGUCAAAGGUCAAGCCAAUAUUCCCGUCUGGUCUGUAUCAUUAUUCCCAGUUGUACAAGAUACGUUAGCCUAUGUACAUCAAGAAUUCUUUCGUCAGCUUGAUAUCUGGUAUGCCAAAGUGCACGAAGCAGAACAAUAUGGUGUUACCUUCACGCGUCAACCUCCCAGUGCUACCUCCGUUUACAAGACCUAUCUGCGUCAUAUCUUGAGAGAUAUGAUUGCAAAACCUCCGUCUGUUCAUCCAUCACAUACUACUUCUGUUUCUUCUGCUCCUCCCUUUUAA